GCGAAUUUAUAAAUUAUAUCAAUAAUAUAAAUGCUAUGAUGUUUCAAUAACUACUUUGCGCUGACAGACAGUGCUGCAAACUCGUGUAAUAAAAUUGUCUAGGAAAGAGCAUUUUGUCGAUUCUACUUUGGUAAAACAGGCCAGCUUUCGCAAUCAGAUCACAAAAGUCAUGCCACGAGGUAAACGUCGAGCUCCAGAAAUCGGCGACAAUAUGGAUGGCCAAUCAAAAAGAGCACGCACCAGCUACACAAACAUUGCAACACAGCAAACCAGCAGACGCCAUAUUAGAGCGGAAGAUGGCUUCAACCAGAAGCGUUGUCUCACCUGGUUCCAUGAAUAUACAACGCCAGACGAACCUGAAACGCUGGGGCCUGAUGGCAUGGAGAAAUUCUGUGAAGACAUUGGCGUUGAGCCCGAGAAUAUUGUGAUGCUGGUGCUCGCCUACAAAAUGGGCGCUACACAGAUGGGCUUCUUCAGUCAGCAGGAAUGGUUAAAGGGUCUCACGGAUCUCGAAUGUGAUUCGACAGCGAAAAUGGUUGUGAAACUGGACUAUCUGCGCAGCAUACUCAACGAUUCCAACUCGUUCAAGAGUAUAUAUCGAUAUGCCUACGACUUUGCCAAGGACUCGGAUCAGCGAAGCAUGGAUAUUGUGACAGCAAAGGCGAUGCUGCAGCUGCUCCUGGGCAAACACUGGCCACUGUAUCCUCAAUUUGCGCAAUUCCUUGAGCAAUCCAAGUACAAGGUUAUCAAUAAGGAUCAAUGGUGCAACAUACUCGAGUUCUCCCGCACCAUCUGCAUUGAUCUGUCAAACUACGAUAUUGAUGGCGCAUGGCCCGUAAUGCUGGAUGAGUUUGUGGAGUGGCUGCGUUUGCAACGUGGCUUAGUCAUUGUCAGUUCGGGAUCCAGCUGAGAGUGUAUGGAUCGCAUACUUCUAGUUAAACUUUAGAAAUUCAGUAGUGUCCAUGAUGAGACCCUCGGAAGUUAGACACACAUACAUACACACACGCACCCACACACACACAAACAGACACACAACACACACUCAGAGCCCCCAUUACAUGCGCUUACUCAGAGACAGAAACAUUCGUACACACACAGAGAGACACAAGGCACUUGAGACUGCGUAAAACUGGCAAAACAAACCAACUAUAAAACUACACUAUUGAUAUAUAAAUAUAUAUUUAAUGUAAUAAUUUAAUUGUAAACAACAUUUAAAACA